AUGGCAGCCGACAAUAAACAAAUUAUCAGGGCUGGCAGAUAUGAACAUCUAUCUAUCUAUCUAUCUAUCUAUCUAUCUAUCUAUCUAUCUAUCUUCAUUUUGUUCAUAUCUAUCUAUCUAUCUAUCUAUCUAUCUAUCUAUCUAUCUAUCUAUCUAUCUCUAUCUCAGUCUGUUCAUAUCUAUCUAUCUAUCUAUCUAUCUAUCUAUCUAUCUAUCUAUCUAUCUAUCUAUCUCAUCACUUCCAUUUUGACACGAUUGAGAUUAUUUUUUUGGCUGGGGGGGGGGUAUUCCUCCCUUACUCUCCCCCACCUACCCUCACCCCCUCCACUCUCCCUCCCUCCACAUCCCGGUGGUGGCUUUCAAUGCUUGCGCUUUUCAUUAAAUAAUUUAAUUACCUUCACUAUCUAUCUAUCUAUCUAUCUAUCUAUCUAUCUAUCUAUCUAUCUAUCUACAAGGCUUAUACUUUUGUUGAUGAUGAAGAUGAUUCUCUUUACGGUGGCAACAACUUUUCCAGAACGCAAGCUGUUCUGUUCUUCUUGGUCACAUUUAAUUUGCGCAUGCGCGCACGUGCGUGUAUUGUGGUGCGCAUGCGUCGUUCGGCUUCUUUCUUAA